CGAGCGGAGCAUCACCCUGUGUUUAUCCUCGCAUUCCCCACUGCAACUGAGCCACUGAGAGGGGAGCGCGCAUCUGACUGAGCCCAGUGGAAGCCGCAAGGACCAGCAUCACCGCUGAGACAUCCAUGCACCGAGCUCCACAGGAAGGACGUCCGUAAACCAGCCACGAUAGACCCAGAGAACGAGAGAGAGCAAAAAAAUAGAAAUUGGAAGCUUUCUACAAGUCACAUCAUAGCUGGUGCACAGCAAAGGACAAGCAACGACACAACAAAAUACUUGCACAGAAGGUGUGAGUGGAGUGGGCUGGUGGGAUUUGUUCUCAGCAUGCAACUUGCUCAGAAGCAUCACUGGGCCACUGUGCCAGCAUCAGGCUGCGUCCUGGCUUUGGCUCUUUUUCUGGCUGUACAGGAUGCUGCUCAUGCCGCUCCAUCCGGAGACAACAAGUUGGUCAGGACCACCCGAUUGAGGAGACAGAUCCCAGAUGGUGGUACCCCAGCUUCCUCAGCCAACCAGACAAUGCAGGAGCAACCUUUGGUCUUCAAUCAUGUUUAUAACAUUAACGUACCCGUUGAGUCUCUAUGCUCGGUCGACCUUGACGCCUCUGCACCACCCGGGCCAGGAGAUGGCCCCCGUGCUGAACUUGGUUCCAGAGCAUCUGUAGAAGGCCCACUGGACUCAGUUGCACCAACAGAGUAUACUGAACAGACAAUGGAUGCUGACAGCCAGGUAACAUUUACUCACCGUAUCAACAUCCCAAAAGCGGCCUGUGGCUGUCCGGCGACUGUCACAAUCCAGCAGCUUAUCACAAAGGUGGAGAUGCUGGAGAGAGAGGUGUCCAUGCUCCGGGCUCAAUGUGGAAGCGGUUGCUGUGGAGAGAACCCAGCUAUUGGCCGUUUCGACUAUUUCCCAGGUUGCAACGGCCACGGCAGCUUCAGCUUGGAGCUGUGUGGCUGCAUAUGUGACGAAGGCUGGAGCGGCAAAAACUGCUCAGAACCACGGUGCCCCGAUGACUGCUCCGGCCAGGGUGUGUGCAUCGAGGGUGAAUGCGUGUGCGACCGUGACUUCUCAGGAGAAAACUGCUCUGAACCUCGGUGUCCGGCUGACUGCUCGGGCCGCGGCUUGUGCAUCGACGGGGAGUGCGUGUGUGAGGACUCCUUCUCCGGCGAGGACUGCAUGGUCGGGAGGUGCGUGAACGACUGCUCAGACCAGGGGUUGUGCGUGAACAGUACAUGCCAGUGCCGGCCCGGAUACGUGGGGGAGGACUGCUCAUUGGUGUACUGUGCCAACAACUGCAGCAAGAAGGGAAUCUGCAAGGAGGGCUUCUGCGUUUGCCAGGAUGGCUUUGCUGGAGAUGACUGCAACUCUGUGGCCCCUGCCAUGAACCUGAAGAUCCGAGCAGUAACAGAUACAGCUAUCGAGCUGGAAUGGGAAGGUUCUGUUGUUCUGACAGAUUUCCUCGUGACCUACACACCAAGCAGCCCAGGAGGUGUCCAACUCGAAAUGCGGAUGCCGGGGAAUACCACAUCCUGCACUAUCUCAGACCUGGAAGCGGGCUUGGAGUACAACAUCAAUGUGUUUGCGGUCAUUAACAACAGCAUCAGUGUCCCUGCCAGCAUCACUGUCACAACCUACCUCUCCAAUCCGGUUGGUUUAGUCUUCAAAUCCAUCACAGAGACGUCAGUGGAGGUCCAGUGGCAACCUUUCUACAAUUCCUUCGAUGGCUGGGAGAUCAGCUUCAUACCCAAGGACAAUGAUGGUGGGAUGACUGCCCAGCUGCCCAGCACCAUCACCUCCUUUGUGGAAACUGGUCUGAGACCAGGGGAGGAGUACACGGUCAACCUGGUGGCGCUCAGGGACCAGGGUCGAAGUCAGCCUUUCACCGCGACUGUUACUACACUGAUCGAUGGCCCGACUGAAUUGGUGGUGCGCGACGUGUCCGACACGGUAGCCUUCUUAGAGUGGACCCCGCCAAAAGCCAAGAUUGAUCAGAUUGUUUUGCGUUAUGGCCUCGUGGGAGGAGAGGGGCCACGGACUACGUUCCGCCUCCAGCCCACACUCAGCCAGUAUACCCUGCAGGUCCUGCGACCCGGCUCCCGUUACGAGGUGUCUGUGAGUGGCGUGAGAAACGGGAACACCAGUGGAUUAAUAUCCAUUGAAUUUACUACCGCUUUAUCGUUUUUCUCAGAGAUCGAUACCCCUAAGAACCUUCGGCUCCUCUCCAAGACCUCCACCACACUGGAGCUGGAAUGGGAUAACAGCGAGGCACAGGUGGAUGCUUACCAGGUGGUGUACAGCACAUUGGCAGGUGAUCAAUACGAAAAAGUCAUUGUACCAAGAAAUGAGGGAGCAACCACAAAGACCACGCUCACUGACCUGCUGCCUGGGACGGAAUAUGGUAUUGGCAUUUCUGCCAUGAGAGGUGACAACCAGAGCACAACGGCCACGAUGAACGCCAGAACGGGUCUGGAUGUUCCCAUGGAUCUGACCGUGACGGCUUCGACAGACAACACAAUUACCCUGGUGUGGGGCAUGGUCCAGGGCCCAAUUGACUUCUACAAAGUCACCUUUACAUCCUCCUCUGGCGUGUCCACUGAGCUGACCGUGCCUAAAGAUGAAACCACCACCACUCUGACAGACCUGGAGCCCGGGACUGAAUAUACCAUCACAGUGGCAGCUAGGAGAGGACGACAGCAGAGCAACGUGGCCACCAUAGAUGCAUUCACUGGGAUCAGGCCCGUCUCUCACCUCUACUUAUCCGAGGUGACAUCCGACUCAGUGCUGGUGGCUUGGAGUUCCCCGGCACCGCCCGCUGACGUCUUCAUCCUCAACUACAGCUCUGCCGAUGGCACCGACACCUCUAAGGUGACCCUGGACGGUUCCAAGACCAGGUCGCUUGUGCAAGGGCUGCUGCCCUCCACUCAGUAUGACAUCAGCCUGAUUACAAUACAGGGGGACGUUACCUCUGAGCCUGUUACGGCAUCCCUUACGACAGGUAUGGAUCCACCCAAACAGAUGACUGUGUCUGCUGUGGCCGAGGACACAGUGACUAUUUCUUGGAUCAAACCUCUGGCUCCAUUUGAGUAUUAUAAGCUGUCCUAUCAGUCAGCCAGAGGUCGAGUGGAUAGCGUCAUGAUUGACAGCGAUGUGACCAACUACACCUUGUCUAGUCUGUUCCCUGCUACUGAAUAUGAGAUCAGUUUGAAUGCUGUCAGGGGGAGCCAGGAGAGCAAAAUGGUCACAGCCUCAGUCUUUACAGCCAUGGACAUGCCGUCAGAGUUGACCGCACUCAACAUCACUCCACAAGGAGCCCUGCUGAGGUGGAACCCCCCUCUGUCGACUGUUGACAACUACGUGCUGACUCUCACACACAACCAGGUGACAGCAGAUACCUUCCUGGUGGAGGGAAACAAACAAGAGCACCAGCUGUCCAACCUGAAGCCCAGCACAUCCUAUUCUGUAUCCCUUUAUGCCACCAAGGGACCCCUCACCAGUGGCACUGUCAUCGCCAACCUGCAGACACCCAUGGAUGCCCCUCUGAACCUGACAGCCAGCGAAGUAAAUCACCGCAGUGCUCUCAUCUCCUGGAAACCGCCCGCCUCCGAAAUUGACAACUACAUGCUCACCUACAAGUCGUCUGACGGCAACCGUAAAGAGUUGAUCCUCGACUCAGAGGACACGUGGAUUCGUCUGGAGGGUCUUGCCGAGACCACUGAGUUCACUGUCAAGCUGCAAGCAGCGAGAGGCCUCGACACUAGCGCUGUCGUCUCCACCACCUUCAUCACAGGGAGUCGGUUGUUUGCGACACCUCAGAAUUGUGCCCAGCACCUGCUGAACGGCGAGACGCUGAGCGGCGUCUACACCAUUUACAUCAACAGGGACCCCAGCCAGGGUGUGCAGGUGUACUGUGACAUGAGCACAGACGAAGGAGGCUGGAUUGUAUUUCAGCGACGUCAAAACGGCUUAACAGACUUUUCCAGGAAGUGGAGUGACUAUCGAGUUGGUUUUGGGAACCUGGAGGAUGAAUUCUGGUUAGGUCUGGACAACAUCCAGAAGCUGGCUGCUCAGGGCCGCUAUGAGCUGAGGAUCGACAUGAAGGAUGGACAGGAGUCGGUGUAUGCCAAUUAUGAUAAAUUCUCACUGGGUGAUGCCAGGAAUCUGUACAAGCUCAGAAUAGGAGAGUACAAUGGCACUGCUGGUGACUCCUUGAGCUACCACCAGGGACGACCUUUCUCCACAAAAGACAGGGACAACGACAUCGCUGUCACUAACUGUGCCUUGUCUUACAAAGGAGCUUGGUGGUACAAGAACUGCCACCGAGCCAACCUCAACGGAAAAUACGGGGAGUCGAGACACAGUCAGGGUAUUAACUGGUACCACUGGAAAGGCCACGAGUUCUCCAUUCCCUUUGUGGAGAUGAAGAUGAGGCCGUUUAACUUCCGUAGCAUCAGCAGCAAGAGGAGGCGGUCCGUGCCCGUUUAAGCCCCUGUCGCCUCCCCACCGUCCACAAGUGAGAGGCAGAUAUGGACGGAGUUUCAUGAGGCUUUGCCAUGCACGUCACUAAAAAGGGAAAGUCUCACUGACGAUGCUCCUGUGGCAAUAAAGCUAUUUUAGUAAUUCAUCUCCAACAAACCAGGCUCCAUUUGUCUCACCUCACUCCUACUAGAGCCGUCUUUCCCUGCUGUACUUCCUCCCAGGAGAUAAAGACACUGUAUGUAAUUUAUUCAUUGAAUGACAAUUCUUCUCUUUUCUGUAAAAAACAAAAUGACUAAAAACAAAGCUAUGUGCUCUUUUAACCGAUAACACUUUUAACAACAAUCCUACUGUAUAUGCCCCUAAAAGGCCACUGCUGUAAGUAUAUAUAAAUAUAUUUUUAUAACUGAUAGUGUGGCAAAGCUCCUUCUUAUUUGAUUUAAUGUUUAUUAUUAGAAUAAUGGAAAGACAAGCCCCUUUUACACAGACUUUUAAAGCUUGGGAUUUGUCUGCCUUGUUUCCGUACAGAUUGACCGUCAGUUGAUAGGUACACGUUCUGACACGGAUUGGGGGGGAAACAAAAUCAUCCAUGCAAUAUUACCGCUUUUGGGGGCAAGUUUCUGAGCUUUAGAAGAGGCAGGACAAAGCCUGUGUAAAAGGUGACGUGUGUGUGAUGUUUAACACGGAGCACUCACUCGCCCUGUUGUGUUGUUGCAACUGUUUUAUGCAUCACACACUUCUCCAGAAUCUAUGAUUAAGGGAUGCUAAAUGUUACAUCUCGUGGUACGACUCUGAUGUCGGGUAUUUUGUGGGAUUUCUGUGUAAAAGAGGCUUUUAGAAGACAAGAACAUUAAAAUUGGAAAAGGAUAUGCUGAGUCACAAAGCGGUACGGCUUCAUUACUUCUUAUUUUAUUUACAGCAUGACUGACUAAUCCACUCUAAUAUGAAGCGUUAUAAUCAGUAUAAUCAGUAUAAAACUUACAUUUUAGUCUUUAGACUGAAGAAUUAAUUCCUUUAAAGGGGACCUAUUAUGCUCAUUUUCAGCCCUUUGUAUUGAGUUGUGGACUCCUAUAGAGCAGCUAUAUAAACCCCACAGAAAAUUAUCUAGAUCUUCCAGAAUCUGCACCUAUUCCAGCUGUAUUUCCUUGGAUUUCUAAAACUGUAUGUUUUAAUUAAUUCCACCUAUAACCCGCCUCUGGGCACGCCCACUCUACUGUGAUUGGUCCCACUCAGCUUGAACCCGGCCACGCCCGCAUAAGGAACAGUGACCAAGUGUGACCGAGCGUUCAUAGUUCCCCCAAACUUUUUUCAGGGCUCACUUCCAAAAGUGCAAAUCUCAUUAUGUAAAACUUUGGCAUCGUUUAACAUUAGAAUACAACAUGCUAAAUACAUUUAUAGGUCAGAAAAGUGGAAAAAGCAAAUAGGACCCCUUUAAGUUAUUUAAUGUAAUUGUUGUUUUUUAUUGUAAAGUGUUGAAGACUGUUCUUGUGAUGGUUGGGAUACCAAAGAUGUGCUUGAUAAAGAACUUUUGCCUAGAUCCCAAACAGUUCUACAGCUUCAACACAAGCAACGUCAACGGCAGUCCACAAUUUGCUUUCAGAAGGUUGGCAUAUUGUUUAGUUUUGUAAAAUACUGUAUUGACCCAAAUAUAAGACGGUAUUUUUUUCCCUAGAGAAAGACAAGUUGCCUUAUAUAUGCGGUCUAGAGAUUCAUACAUGCAAACAAACUGGUGGCACCCAAUGACUUCUUCCCUAGAGAGUUCCAGCUCUUCUUCCUACCACUCACAUUUUUCCCAAAACGGGUCUUGAAAAGAGGAGUCUUAUAUUCCGGAUAUGGAGAUGUAUAUAUACAAACUAACAGGUGGCGCCAAACAACUUCUCCCCAAGAGAUUCACAGCUUUUCUUCCUGGCACUCACAUUUUUUUUUUCCCAAAAACGGGUCUUCAGAGGAACCACAUGUCUUAUAUUCAGGAUAUGGAGAUUUAUACAUGCAAACUACUGUUAUUUUUCUGGGCUAUACGUCACACUUUCUUUUACAGCUUGUCUUGUUAUGUUAAUUCAGCCUAUUCCACCUCCCAGGUAUGUCCUUUAUGAUAUUAUGUAGCUGAAUAAGUGUUAAUGUGUCACGUUAACAUACCAGACACUAAUUCAGCCGGUUGUUCUGUGUGCUAUUGUGUAAUUGUGUUUCCAGAUUAAAUGGUCAUGAAUUUUGUGAAAUUCAUUUCUAAAUAAAUGUGAUUUGUAGUCCAGUAUGACUUAUAUAUUUUCUUCUUUGUGAUUGCAUUUUUCCAAAAACAAAUCUUGAAGAGGCGUUUAUCCUUAAUACAUGCAAACCAGCAAGUUGCGACAAACGUCUCUCGCGACAAAGAAACAGCUUUUUUUUCCUGUCACUCAAAUUUCAAUAAGAGGUGUUGAAAAAGCGGCUUAUAUUCAUAGUUGUCUUAUAUUUGGGUCAAAAAAGUAUCCAGACACACCCUUAUUUUGCUCAGUUUCGGGGGAAGGCUGUCUAUAUGUCUAUAUGUGCCCUGUGAUUGGCUGGCGACCAGUCCAGGGUGUACCCCGCCUCUCGCCCAAUAAUAGCUGGGAUAGGCUCCAGCACCCCCGUGACCAUUGUGAGGAUAAGCGGUAGAAAAUGGAUGGAUGAAUUACAAAAUGCGGUGUUAUUCCGUAAUGACGUGAAAAUGUUUUCCAUUGUUACAUAACGGUGUGCUGCAGGCGUUUUGGGAUGAGUUUGGUGUGGAACAACCCCAUCAAAACAGAACAGAGAUGCAACAUUUUUGGAAUUUGUAGAAAAUCUUCCCCAAAGAGUGGAAGCUGUUAUAACAGGGGGAUCAGCUCCAUAUUAUUUUAUAUUUUCAAAUUUCAUUUUCCAUUAGCAAAAUGACCAGAUUUGACUUGUGUUUGUUUGUAUAAACCAGCUACAUCUGCAAUCUGGCCUCAUUCUGUCAACCUAAGCACAUCUUUUUCUGUUUUUUCAUUCGGUCCCAACACAAUCAUAAGAUGAGGAUGUUUCCAUUACUGAUAGCAAGAAGUUGGUGGUUUAUUUACAGAUUUGUCACCUUUGAAACUUGCUGUUGAGCAAACGAGAAAAGGUGUCAUGUGACAGUAUACAGUAUUUUUAUUGGUUUUUUGUGUUCUUCAAGGCAUUCCCUUGUGUUCAUCGAAUAGUCUCACGUAGAUCCGGAUUUAUCUUGUCUUUUGAUGUAGACUCACGCAAAAAAAAAAAAAAAAAACAGCACUGCAUGCCCACUACACUGCAGUCACCAUCCCAGUAGUCAGCAACUGUUGUCUUUAUCACUUGUUGAAAUUGUUUGUAAAGAUUUGACCUAAAUUAACCAGGUAACAUCUCCCUGCUUGUUUUGUGUGCAUCUGCCGCGCAUCUUCUAGAUUUCUAGUAGACUUGUGUGUUCUUAUUACAUUAACCACUUAGCAGUACAAGGAACAAACACAAUGCCAUGAAUGUUAGUCAUACAAAAAUUUAAUACAAAACCACUAUUAAGGAUACAUCAAAAAGCUGAUUAACACUAAAAUUAAAACUAUGGUUCAAGUUUUUCUUUAUUUUUCUCAAGUUGCUACACCUCCCAGGAGAGGCGUAGCUCAUACUUGGAAAAUCCCUGUUGUGAAACUUUUGGUUUGUGAUCACAACAUACAAAAAUAUUAAUAGUCCCCAUUGAAAUCUUAAUUCCUGAAAUGUUUUAACUGGAGGAUAUUUUGUUUUUGUCAUCUUGAAUGAUAAAUUGACACACAUUGUCACAGGAAAAACACUCACUCUUCCUUGUUUAUGCAGUUUGAUUUACUUUCAAGUAUUAAAAGGAACUCAUCACCACUCAUAGUUUUUCCUUCGGAAGGGACAUUUUGUACUCUAAGUGUGAUGCUGUAACUUAACAUGGAUUUGACAUGCAAAUUUUAAAACUGCACUGUUGACUGUUGAUACAUGCUGAAUACUUGGGAUUUGUUGUUGGAUAAACCCUGGAUAUGUAUUGCUCUAGUUUGACAUAAACGUGUACUAUAUAGUUCCUUUUAUAAUACAUUUUC